AGCCUCCAGUUGCUGAGGGGGUGGAGUUGCUGGCGAAGGCUGCUCUUCCCUUCCUUCCGUUUCCCUAACUCUGUCCCGCACCUGAAGCGAGCAGCAUUGUGGCCAGACCGCCUAUGGGGCAUGGAGGAAGAAGAGGAGGAGAAUCAGCGCGUCUCCGCCAGCUACCCUGCCAUCCAGCGUGUCAGCAUUGCAGUGGAUGAGACCAACGUUCUGCCGGGGGCUCUGCAGCUGAUCCGAAAGCUGAGACCACAAUGGGAGACCGAGCGAGUUAAAACCAAGCUCUUCACUGAAGGCAUCACCAACAAGCUCAUGGCUUGCUUCACAGAUGAGAACAUGAAGGAUGCAGUCCUGGUGCGGGUCUAUGGGAGGAAGACAGAGCUGAUUGUGGACCGUGCUAAUGAGCUGCGGAAUUUCCAAGUGCUUCAAGCCCACUGCUGUGCCCCCAGUCUCUACUGCACCUUCGAAAAUGGGUAUUGCUAUGAGUUCAUGCCAGGGAAGGCGCUGGGACCAGAACAUAUACGGCAGCCAAAUAUAUUCAGGCUAGUAGCCCAGGAAAUGGCAAACAUGCACAGGAUUCACACCAAUGGGAGUCUCCCAAAGCCUUGUCUAUGGCACAGAUUGUACAGAUACUUUAACUUCGUGAAAACAGAGUUUUCCAGAAAAGCAUCAAAUUCCAGCCUCCAUCAAGAAGUGCACAUUCCCAGCCUAGAGGUGUUAGAAGAAGAGAUCCGAUGGAUGAAAGAACAUCUCUCCCAGCUUCGGUCUCCGACAGUCUUUUGCCAUAAUGACCUUUUAAGCAAGAACAUCAUCUACAACAAGGCAGAAGGUCACGUCCGGUUCAUAGAUUAUGAAUACACUGGUUACAACUAUCAAGCAUACGACAUUGGGAAUCAUUUUAAUGAAUUUGCAGGACUGAAUGAUGUGGAUUAUAGCCUGUACCCCUCCAAAGAGAUCCAGUUGCAGUGGUUGAGGCACUAUCUGCAGGCGUACAAAAAACUAGGCCAGGAAGACGAGGGAGGAGGAAGCAAAAGCAAAGGAGGGAGUGGAGCUGUGUCUGAAGAAGAACUGGAGAGCCUCUAUGUCCAAGUGAACCAGUUUGCUUUAGCCUCCCAUUUCCUGUGGGCUUGCUGGGGCCUGAUUCAAGCCCAAUUCUCUACCAUAGACUUUAAUUUUGCCAGGUAUGCAGACAUAAGAUUUAAACAGUACUUUAAAGCAAAACCUAUGGUGACAUCCCUCAAAAUGUCAAAGUGAGGUUAAAGCCCAAAGAGUCUUCUGGUUCUCAAGAUUCCUUACUUAUUUUCUCUGGUGUAGAGCACCUGCCACCCUGUUGCCCUCCUCCUGCAGUUGAUUCAAUGCUGAGCGGCCAGACAUCAUGCAACAGGGAUGGAAAAGAAAAGCACAUCUUCUAUGAAGCCAAAAAUUAAACCAAGCCCCUGGAACAUGGCUGUGCCAUACAUGGAUUAUCUGCCACGUGUUGUUUUCAGAAGGUGAUGUUAGGACAUGACUGCUGGCAAGAGAUUUCAUUUGCAGAGUCUGGAGUAUAAAGAAUGCUUUGUGUGUGUCCAGGCUUAAACAGUGGGGUAGCAAGGUGAGGAGUGGUAGGCUUAGAGACUUGUAUAGCCUUGAAGGUCUAAGCUGGAUGGAAUCCCCUUUGUUUCUUGUGGAUGGGGGUGGUGGCGGCUAGGUAUGUUUUUAACAGCACAGUCCUUGGCAUGUCUACUCCAAAGUUAAGCCCCACUGAGUUCAGUGGGACUUACUCCCAGGUAAGUGUAUAUAGGAUUGCGGUCUCAGCAAACCAUGGGAUUCUGCUCUUUUGCUCCUGAGCUAGUUUAAACAGAGGGAUGCUAGCAUCUCUUUACUGUACUGAUAGGAAUUGCUUGAAUCUCUCUCAGACCUGUUUCCCUCACCCUCACCUCAGUUUCUUUCCAGAGAUUCAGAUGGAGAGUUUGGAAGAAAUCUUGCCCUGCCCAGCAGCGAUUCCUUUCAAGAUAUUUAGGCAACAGGAAAGACCUAGAUCUUACCAAGAUAUUUGGAUUUUGGCAAAGUUGUGAUCUAUUGGAGCAGCUGCCUGAUUCAUUAACUGGCAAAGGGGUUGUCUACACCGCAAGUUUUACUGUAGGUUACUGGUGACUCAGCAGCAAUCAUAUGGUGUGUGUGUGUGUAUACAUUUUAAGCUGCACUACUUUGAAAAAGGCAGAUACACAUCAGUGCAUUGGAGAAACAUACACACACAGUAUUGUUAGUAAAAAAAAUAGAUCAAUGUUACCUAAUAACCACCAUGACAGCUGUGGGUGGGUGGGACAAGCUCGCCUUCCCUUGCCUCCCCCGCCUGCUGCAUUUGUCAGUUCUGUAUGGCACAAAGAUGUGCACAUUACCACUGAGUUUAUGCCAUUCAGUUUUUAGAGAAUGUGAAACUAAACAUUCCUCCUCCAUGGGAUUGGAACGCAAAAACUGCAGGCAAACAGAAUUCAUGCCUGUGUAGCAGCAGACGAAAGCCAUUAACAGUCAAAUCUGACAAUGGACUUUUUGACCCCAAAAGCUUCCUGCUGAAUACACAACUAUUGAGGCUGCAAUCCUAACCCCACUUGCCUAGGAGUAUGCCCCACUGAAUUCAAUAGGACUUACUUCUGAGAAAGACAUGCUGAGGAUUGCACUGUUAGGAGCACACAGAAUGACUCAGUGCCACUGCCAGCCCAGCACUAUGGCAAACUGGUGUAGACAAGCUCAGAGAGGCUCAGAGGCUCUUCACGGUGUCCUGUGCAAACCCUUCAACAUUCAGCCUUACCUUGUAAGUAUACCUUAAUGUCCCUGGAUGGUGAAAAACUGGAACCAACUUGAAACAUUCCUUAUGAACUGUGAUCAGCUCACAUGGUGCUUAGCCUGAGAAGCAGGCUAUUUGGGUUUGAUGAGAGGACCAAACUUACAUGCACACCUUCUACAAGUUCUCCAAUCAGCAUGAGAACAUGGUUUCAGUUCUGCUUUGCCCCAUGGGUGGAGGAAAAUGGAUGGGAGAGGCACAGUGGGGAUCAGGAUGCAGUCAAAAUCUACUAAAUACCAUCUUAUUACCUGUGUGUGUGUUUCCCCCGCCCCUUGGUUGGCUUUUAUUUUGCUUAGUGAACCAUUAAUAGGAUCAAGAAUAUAUGAUCCCUCACUUCCUCAUGAUGUCUCCACUGCUUAGAGACUUUAAUAUCCCCAGUGAACAGAUGUUCACUGAAUAUGUAUUUUGAAGCAAAGAUAGAACCAGUCAGCCUCUUGCAGUCUUCUAAUUGCUGUGCUUUUAUAAUUAACUUCCUAACCUACAGGCAACUGCUCCUAGGAUUAGACUUCCUGUGGUUUUUCUGCACUGUUAUAGCUAGCGUGGAUCAGGUCUCAAGAGAGAUCAUUAAAUGCCCCCUAGUCCAGGUAAGGGGAAUCUUUUUGGUCUAGAGGGCCAGAUCUUUUGUUUCUCCCCCUCCCGUAGGCCAGCUUUGACAGGUGCUCAGGGCCACCCACCUAUAAUCUGACAACAAUAACUUCAGGUGACUGAUAGGUGGACGGUCCUGGCAGAGUUGAGCUGUGGGGGAGGGAGGGGGUCUGAAGCAGCAUGCAGCAGGAUUGAACUCUUCCCUCACCAGCUGAUGAGUAGAAACUUUAAUCCUGUUGUCUGCAGGGAUCUGAGCAGGAUUUAAUCCAUUCAUCUGUUGAUGAGCAGGGCAUUUAAUCCUGUUUCUUUGGCUGUGCAUGCCAGUUCUCUGUGGGGAAGACUGACCCACUGGCCAGUUUCCCCACCCGUGCCUUAGGGAGCAAUCCCCAUUAGUCACAAAAGCAGGAUGGGAAGCAGGGACAGUGACUGAAGUCAAAGUUUUGUUCUAGGACUGGCCAUUGGCAACGUGAAUAACUGCUCCAUUCUACGCAGGAACCCACAUUUCAAACUCAAUCUUUAAUAUACAGGCAGGGAUGGGGAACCUAUGGUCCUCCAGAUGUUGUUAUACUACGAUUCCCAUUAUUCCUGGCUUUACUGGCUGAGGCUGAUGUGAGUUGGGAGUUCAGCAACAUAUAGGAAACUACAGGCACCCUUGAUGUAAAGCUUGCCAUCCAUGCACAUUUUCACUGAAUCCUCUGAGAACAGCUUGCCCAUCCAUGCAGUUUCCCAUUUGGAAGGCUGGGAUUUUUUUUGGUUGUUCUUGGUUUUGAUUGUUUACCUGCUUUUGCAAACAGAAGAUAGGACACUUCACCGCCCUGAGAGCUAUUUCGCUAAGGGCGGUAUAUAAAUUGAAAUAAUAAAUAAAAUAAAUAAUAAAGCAGAGGAGCAUUGGGCUCAUCCCACAGGGGCAAAAAACCACAACAAAACAUAGUGCUGAUUCCUGUUUUUAUGUGCAUCUGUACAAACCCUCAUAUGCCCAGAAGCCAAGCCGUUCAUGUUCCAGAAUGGAUUUUGGCUAAUCUCGUGCCAUUUUGACUUUUGUGCCACAUGACAGCUGUGAAAAGCAUGGAAAAAUUAAUGUUGCCACCUAAGUAGGCCUCUGAACACAAAACAAGUGUACAAUGAAUUGUUGAUGCUUAUGUGUAACUUUGUACUAUGUACUUGAAA